AUGCCUUCGCUGACUGAAAAACUCGUCCUGAAAGUUUCUCUUACCCCGCUGACAUACCUAUUCACUCGCAUCAACUCGGUCUUUCAAUCGCAGCGCAGGGCAUGGAAAGACUUCGCCGAAAAUUGUCCGGAUCCUGCUCUUGUAUACCUGAUUAAUGGCCCUAUGGAGGAUACUGGAAGACUGCUGAACAUGACACAAAACUUUCUGCGAAAGCUCAUCGACUUGGCAGAGAUCAAAUUGAAGCAGGUAGAAACGGAAGCACAAAUAGCCGGUGCAGAAUGGCUCGACAACCCGACCGAUCCCAUGAAAAACGCCAGAUUCCUCAUGGCGAGAAAGAUUCAUAGCGCCUACUUCAAGCAUAUGAGGGAGGCUUGGGAUGUUGGAUUAAAAAUCAUUCCUGGAAUACAGGCGAGAUUUGACGAUAUGGAGGACACGCUCGAGAAGCUUGCUGUGCUCAUACCAAUCGAGGAGCUGGCGCUGCCACUUGGGCCGUUCGUAGUCAAGGCAUUAGAGAUCAACGACAGGAUGUGGGUGUUUGCAAUAAGGUUAUUGGGCAUCUUGCGGACGGUUGAUAUCCCCCUCGGUGUUGCGACUGUGGCUGUCAACGUCGAAAAGUACCCAGAAGCGGACAAACUUGCGCGAGCAAGAUACAAAUUUGGGGACUACUGA